AACACGUAGCGAUAAGAGAACUUGAUAUUUUUACAAUUUAAUCAUACAAACAAGCAUCUUUACAAGAACCCUAUACAAUAUACAAUGGCUUUACAAACUCCAAGACAAAGAGCAGCUAAUGCCAAGUGGUCCAAGAAGAUCGAAAAGCAACAUGGUAGACCAAAGUCAACUAAGUCUGGAUUCGAGUUCCCAGUUUCCAAAUAUUGGGUGUAUGCUCUUGUAUUCUUAGUCUGUGGUGGUGGUAUUUUGGAGAUCUUGCAUCUUUUCUUUUAAGUAGUAAUGUACAUUUUAAUGAUUUGA